AUGCUUCUUUACCUCAAAAAAGAGUAAAUUUUUGAUAUUAUAAUUCGUGUAAAGGCUGAAUAAGUGAUUCAGAGAUGGAAAACAGUCCAGAAAACCGGAGAUGAAAUAGAUCUAUAUUUGAUGACACAGUCAAAGAAAUUUAUGAAAUACACAACCAAUGUUUUCCUUCUUCACAGACAUGCCUUGAGACUCUAGCAUUGGUACUUUGAAAAAAGACACAAUCAGCCCAAAUAGCAAGCACCUACCGUUGAAAAAUAACAAGAAAAUAAAGUUAAUGCUGAAAAGUCAAAUUUAACAACCAUAAAUACAUAGUAAUCUGCUACAACUACUACUGUGACUGCAGUAGGAAAUACCGAGAGCCAAGUGCCUAAAAAAUCUAUGCCAACCCCAACACAAUCUGCCUCUUCCAAGUUUUCAAAGAUAAAUGGUUCUAACAGACUACCCAAGGCAGCUGAGAAAUAAAUACUUAAACAGCAAGAGGAAUAGAAAAAGAAGGAAGCACUGGCUCUCAAACAAAAAGAGGAUAAAGAGUAAAUUGAUAGCAAAGCUGUUAAAACUACAGAGGCUAAUGAGACUGCUAAAGUGAGUGAUACCACAAUCCAGCCCUAUGUUAAGGCUGGAGCUCAAAAGCCACCAGUUAUUAAGAAUCCCCCUGCUAGAACUGGCUCAAUCAAAACUCCCUCAAGUGUGAAUCCACUUAACGGAUAUCCUAAAAUUACUGAUAAAACUAAUACUUUUUUAGUAUCUGAAGAAACUUUUGUGAUUGAAAAAGAUGCUAAUAACAACGAGAAAUUGAUCAAAUAAGAGAAGCAUAACUUCAAGAGCAGAUCUAACAGACCAUAAUCAGUAAUGAAAUCAGAUUUAUGCUCUACUGGUGAACUAAACUCAACUACUACCAUUACUCAAGAGGGAUCGAAGAGUAUUGUCACUACAACUUCCACAGUUCCAAUCACAAAUCUCAGAUCAUCCGUUAGACCAAUAACAACUAGUUCAAAUGGUACCUCAGACAAGGCUUCAGUUGAUAAUUAGUCUUCAAAGACACCUAAUACCCAAACUAGAAAAGCUUUCCAAAGAGCUACCAGCACCAAAGUCAUUAAUCAACCUUAGUCUGCCUCAAAUAAAACCCAAGCCACCGAGCCAAUUUAGUUCUCAGGCUCUUAGUCAUUAGUUGAAACAAACAAACCUGAACCAAGUGUGACUUCUACCACUGAGUCACAACCCAAAAAGCAUUCCUUCAAGUCAGCUAGAAAUACUAGCACAAGAACCAGUACAACCAAUCUCAAAUCAGAGGCAACUGAGGAACUAAAGAAAUCAACUGUAUAAACUUCUAAGGCAGUAGCAGGUGAUAGUGGUGCUGAUGGCAAAAACACAGAGAGAUCAGUUACAUCUCAGUCCAUGCAUACCCCUAUCAUUGGUGGAAGUAAAAGCCAUUAAGAGUUAAAGAAGAACGAUCCACCUAAGGCAGUUGCAGUUAAUCACAACAAAAAAUGGGGAGAGAGGCAGCAUUCUUGGAAACCAUAAUAAUUCGAUAGCGUGUAAGCUUUAGUUGAGAAGGGGUGGCAAGAUGCUGAGCAACUUAAGGAAAAGAAAGCUCACUCUAGAUAAGCCUCAAAGGCAAAGCAUCAUGCUAACUAGCCAAUAAAGGAAGUAAUCGAAGAGUAAAAAGUAGAGGAAAUCGUGGUUGAUGCUUGGUAAAGAGCUGAAGAGAUCAAGUAGCAAAGAAAAGAGGAGAGAGAAAAAAUCCAAUAAAGAAGUAAAUCUAAGACUGGCCUAGUUAAACCUAAAUGGGGAGAGAGACAAACUAGCUGGAAAGCUGCUGACUUUGAUUCAGUGCAAGCUUUGAUAGACUAGGCUUGGACUCACAAGGAUGAAGAUAAUGAUAAGAAACAACUGAGCAAGCAGAAAAAGAAGAAGGCUCAGUAAGAACCAGUCAUGCAACAAAUUCAAGAGGAGCCAGAACAUCACACUCAUAGAGAAAGUGUUCCUACCAAAAGAUUCAACGAAUCUGAGUCAGAGUCACCCUUGAAAAGACCUGCUUUCAAUGUCAACAUCGUAACUGAGAAUCUAGACGAUGAGAACAGAAACAAGACUGAACUAGCCAAGAGAAUUGAAGCUGAUAAGAAAAAGGAUGCUUAAUUCUUGCAAUCAGUCACUCAUACAGAUAUCGAUGAUGCUUCUUCUUAUAUGUGCUCACAAGGUGGGUCUCCAUUCAAAAAGGCCAGAAGAACUAGAGAUGAAAGAAGAAAGAUAAGUUCUCAAAACGGUAAAAAGAGCGAAAGCUCUAAGAGGUCCCCCACAAAGAAAUCCCCAACAAAGAAAUCACCGGCCAAGUAAAUCCAAGUGCAUGUUGAGAACACUGAAAAUGAGACUCCAGGCAAGAUUGUUUCACUCUUGGCUGAUAAAAAUCAAAACAGUGAGAGCAAGAACACCUUGGGUGAGUAGCAAUAAUCAACAUCUAAGAGAUUAAACUUCGAGUCACACAAGAAAAGCCCAUUGAAAGGUUCACCUUCAAAAGAGCUUAACACCGCACUUAAGGACCAAGAGCAUCAUAUAUUCAGAGAGAGCGAUUCUAACAUUGCUGUCGAAUGA